AUGACUCGAGAUAUUCAAGGCUUUCGAGAUGGACUCUUGGAUCCUGCCACCGAGGAGGAAAUAUACGCUGCGUUAUGGGCGACCGCGCCCUUCCCGCGACUCCCAGAAGAUGCGCCGGACGAGCUGAACGAUUUCAUUGUUGAUAUCAAUGACCCUAAACGCUUAUAUACAAUUCAUCGCGCUGCGAGACGGCAUCAGUUCCAGAUAUUGGUAGACAGGUACAUCUCCCAAAUCAGGUUUGGAUGCACAGUGAAAACCUGCCACACGACUACCUGUUUUUCUUGUCGGAAACGUGUCGCUGCUGGCGCUCCCGUUCGAAGAUACAAUGCGACAAGUGCUCGAACUCUUGCAAUAUAUAUGGCAAGCCAGGAUAAUCCAGAACUGGGACUCUGUCACAAUCCUAGCGCCGAUAAGCUCAUCCAACCGCCGAGCAUGAAAACGUCGCGAAAAGGCUAUGCCAGCAUCAAUAAGGUUACCAAUGGAUCGGCAAUACCCAACGUAGAACGAAAGAGUAGUGCUUCUGGAAAGCCAGUAGGACCGAAAAAUAGUACUCAAGGUGCUUCCCCUGGUAGCCGUUCUCCGUCGAAUAACAAUGUUAGCACUGGAGUGCAAUCAACUACAUCCAAAGAGGAGGAAACGCCAGCAAUUUCUUUGUUAGAUGAGCCAUCGACGACAGACCACCGCUCAUUCGUUCAAAAUGUAUUUGGUACGGUUGCCUUCAAAAUGGUGGAGUGGCUUGCCCCGAGAAAUGUAGAGACGAUUUCGAGACCAGACGCAACUGGUUCCGAAGUCCCGGGCAUGGGGCCAUAUCCAAGGCAAAGACCGGUUAGUGAAACAACAUCAUUCAAUAUUGCAACAUCCGACGAGGCAGAGGCUGCAGAAAAUCCAAAGACAACCAAGUGGCAGACACCUGCCCCAAGUAAACCGCAAGAUAAAUCCUUUUCGGACGUAGAAUCAGCUUCGAAGCCAGUGUCUUCGAGUCAACGCACAAGCGAAGUAUUAGCACACGCGGAAACCAAAGCCGUCGCAAACUCGGUGACAAAAUGCACCCCCAAAAUCAACGGUCGGAGAAAGUCCGAGCAUGCUGAGCCUCCAAACCCAAAGGGCAUCUUAAAUUUAUCAUCCAGGAUUGGCGAAUCACCUCCUGAUGUCAUGUCUCUUCCGCAGUAUCGUCCUCAUCAAGCUAUCAGAACGCUUUCUACGCCUCAUCAGACUUUGAUCACAUCAGCAGCAAUGCAUACACCUAGCAUACCGAAAACUAUCUCAAUGAAAGCCUCACCAGAAUUCGACCAACCGCCAGUCACCUCGGGGCUCUCUGUCGCACCCGAACAAGGUUCGAAAAUCAAGAAAAACCCAGUAAAAAAAUCCAUCAAUCACGAAACUCUCCCGGAACUCCCUCUCGCUAAGGAAAUGCCGCUUCCACAGUCCCUCUCCUUACUUCCUAUCGAUCUAUUAAAUUUUCUCUGUGAUACAUUGCAAAUUGAUGGAACCUCCGAAAAACACGAUUUAGUGCCCACAGAAGUUGGACGGGAUGGUACAAGAUGGCUGAAUUCCAAUGGUCCUUAUGCAGCAGGCAGGAAGUCGUUCUCCAAGACAAAAUCCGUUUAUUCUUCUCAAGACAAACAACAGUGGAAGGAAUUUAUUCAACAAGCACUUUUUGAUGUCUUAUCGAAGCCCGAGUCUCUCAUACAAUCUUUCAGCCACUGUGAUCAGCGGUUGUACGAUACACAGACAAUCUGGUACUUGAUGCUCCGCCUCACCAGAGUAGCUCCAUCACUGGUUCUUGACAGUUUAUGGAAUGCGGCUGGAUAUCUCUUCAAUCCACCGGAUACCAUAAGUGCAUUGCAUGAUUGGAAGGAGUCGGAUGCUUUGGCGAAGCCAUCACUAUCAAGCGGGGAAGCUGCUCGACUGAUCAACAUAUGUCUUCACGCACUUGUUGCCACCGCACCACUGUUAACGGACGCGAGGCAGCUUGCCAACAUGUCGAGAAUUCGAUCCUUUGGCUUAGCGAUGCUUGGACGAGAGACGUCAUCAUUAGAGCCAGUGCAACUGUGUCUUGCGUAUGAAGACGCGUUUACCAAUGAUCUCGCUAUGAGGCUCGCACGCAGACUAUUUGCAUCGAUACCCACGAGGAGGCGUUUUGCAGAACUUGCCGAUAAUCAACAAGGAUUGAAGCCUGACGGAAAGAAAGAACCUGAUGUACUGGAAGGUGUUUUGUCAACAUUAAAAUUCCUGGACCUAGGCACGACGCCAGCCUUGCACUUUCACGACGAGGAACGAGAUCUUCACGAGAAAAGGGUACCUACACUUCUUCUCGAUUGGGCAAGGACUGUGAUGCUGCAGGACUGGAAUGGCUCUGCUGAAGUUGCCGCCGAAGGAUCAUUCGGUGGAGCGCUGGCAAUGAUGGCUGCAAUAUACAAGCACCGAAAAUCCUUGCUGCUCGGCGACAUUCACUUCAGGACAGAAUACUUCGCUGAGCGCCUUGACCCUGUUGGAAUGCCACUUGAAUGGAUCACGUUCGAAGCAAACAAAAGAACCGUUCAUCUACUUGAUCACCCUUAUCUCUUCAACCCAUCUACAUUGGUAACUUACUUCCGUGCAAUCAACUAUUCAAGAAUGAACGCGGCGUACGAAUCGGCGAAAGCAACGACUGGUCUCAUGCAUUCGACCAUUUCAGAAACCAAUCUUAUGACUGACCAAAACUCGCGCUAUAGACUUUUUGAAAGACUUCGCGUAGCUACUUCCAAGUUUCUUGUGCUUGAAAUUGGACGUCAAAGUGUAUUGGCGGAUACUUUUAAUGCAAUUUGGAGAAGGGAAGAGCGUGAAAUGAUGCGCCCCCUGAAGAUUCGUUUAGGCGAGAAUGGUGGAGAAGAGGGUAUGGAUUCAGGAGGAGUUCAGCAAGAGUUCUUUCGACUAGCCAUUGCUGAAGCACUCGAUCCUGAUUAUGGAACUUUUACCAUCGAUUCGAGAACAAAAAUGACGUGGUUCCAGCCAGGCUCGCCGGAGCCUUUGUGGAAGUUCGAACUGAUAGGUACAAUAAUCUCCCUAGCUGUCUAUAACGGCCUUACACUACCAGUCACAUUCCCAAAGGCCCUGUAUCGCAAGCUUCUCGGCGAAGAUGUGACAGAACUUCAUCAUGUAGCAGACGGAUGGCCCGACUUAGCAAACGGCCUUACUUCACUUCUCGAGUGGGACGAAAAGAAUGGACUUGUCGAGGAUAUCUUCGCAAGAACAUAUGAAUUUAGUGUGGAGCAAUUCGGUCAAGCUGUCAGUCGCGAAAUGGAUGAAACGGUGCUGUGGCCUCAAUUUUCAGAUCUACACACCUCUGCCAACCCAGAAGAUGCUCCUAUGGUGACUAACGAGAAUCGCAACAACUACGUAAGCGAUUACAUCCGCUGGCUGACAGAUAUAUCGAUAUCACCACAAUUCGAAGCUUUUAAAACGGGCUUCUUCACCUGUAUCGACCGACGUUCCCUCUCCGUUUUCGACCCCGAGACAUUACAAUCAGUCGUUGAAGGUAUCCAAGACAUCGACAUAUCUGAAAUGCGCCGCACAACUCGUUACAUCGGAUGGGAUUCCUCACAUCGUUCCGUCCGCGACUUUUGGAGUAUCGUCCGCAAAUACGAUCUCGAACACAAACGAAAACUUCUUGAGUUUGUCACAGCCAGUGAUCGGGUUCCUGUUGGUGGAAUGAGGAAUUUGCAGUUCACGCUACAGAGAAACGGUGUCGAUGAUGGGCAUUUACCGAGCAGCUAUACUUGCUACGGUAUUCUGCUUCUGCCCGAAUAUUCUAGUAAAGAUGUGCUUAGGGAGAAGUUGGCUAUGGCGUUGGAAAAUUCGAAGGGAUUUGGGUUUGCUUGA